AUGCCUCCUCCUCCUCCUCCUCCCCCUGCCCGUCUCCAUCCGCCUCUUCGCAGACGCUCUGAAGAGCCAAUGCUAAACUGGCCCUUUCCAGAAAACGCCCCCGUGAGCCCGCAGGCCCUGGACCAGGCCGACCGCCUGCAGUGGCUCACCUCGAGCAACAGAGGCUCGGCUGGCUACUCGGACGGCAGCGGCAUGCCGCCCAACUACGGCCAGCCUGGCUACGGGUCGGGCACCACCAGGUCCAGACACCAGUCCAUGGAAGCGUAUCCUGGCAGCUUCCAGCACGGCCUGUCUUCUCCUCAGAGUAGGCAGCGAGCAAACCCCCAGGUGACGACUGGCUACCUGGUGCCGUAUGCAAGACGGCAGAACGAUGGUGCUGGCAGCAACAGCAGCAGUGCCAAUAUCAAUGCUAAUAAUACCACUGCUAAUAAUACCAACGCCAUCAACAAAAUCCACAGCGGCGGUUUCAACUAUGAUAGCUUGGCCAGACUGCAGGGAUCCAGCCCGUCUGACUUGACCAGUCUCGCAGAGCCCGUUCCUGGCUUCUACUCGUCAUCCGUACCUGACGUGAAUGAUACCAACCAGAACUUCAACCACUUCAUGGCUGGAUAUCAGGAUGCUAUCGCUAGUACCCAAGCAGGGCGGUCUGACUACGACCCUGAUAUCCUACUGGGACAGCAGCUCUCGCAGAGACAGGCAAGCCAGGAGCCAGGAUCAUCUCCUGCAUUCUCCGCUGCAUCACCUACAACGCCUCAGCAAGCUCACCAGGAUACCAGACCCGUCCUUCCAUUGGGGUCAGCGGGUCCGCGAUUAUCUGCUAGUGACAUACGUGAGAUUAUGGGGUCGGCCAUGGACUUUGGCUCCUCUCCAGAUCAGCCCCAGGAAUCAGAAAUGCAAGAUCAGGACCAGGAUGAGGAUCAAGAUCAGGAUCAGGACCAGGACCAGGACCAGAACCAAGGCCACAGUCAAGGUCAGAACCAGAACCAGAGCCAGGACUCCGAGACGUUCGGCUACUCGAUUAACCCUUCUUCGUCAGGGAUGCCAACAACUCCGGCCCAGCGUCGCCGUAGUGCCCAAGACAUGGCCUCUUCCGAGCAUGAGUCUGCUCGUCACCAGGGGCAAGUAGGCAGUGAUGGCCUGACUCAACGCCGAGUCCGUAUGAGAACUCUGCGUGUAUCUCCCGCAUCGUCUACCCAGCAGCCGUCUACAGCUAGUGGUUCUCAACCACAGCUUAAUCCAGCAGCGUCAUCUGCUGCUGCCAACACCGCUACUUCCAGUCUCCAACAGUCCAGGAGCCUGUUUUUCCCGGCUACAGACCUCGUUACACCAGCGACAACAUCCUCAACCCGCAGUAUCUUUCCAACUACCUGGCCGCUAUGGACAGAGGGCUCGCGAGAACCAUGA